AUGAUGAAACUAUGUAUUACUACUACUACUACUACUACUACUACUACUACUACUACUACUACUACUACUACUACUACUACUACUACUACUACUACUACUACUACUACUACUACUACUACUACUACUACUACUACUACUACUACUACUACUACUACUACUACUACUACUACUACUACUACUACUACUACUACUACUACUACUACUACUACUACUACUACUACUACUACUACUACUACUACUACUACUACUACUACUACUACUACUACUACUACUACUACUACUACUACUACUACUACUACUACUACUACUACUACUACUACUACUACUACUACUACUACUACUACUACUACUACUACUACUACUACUACUACUACUACUACUACUACUACUACUACUACUACUACUACUACUACUACUACUACUACUACUACUACUACUACUACUACUACUACUACUACUACUACUACUACUACUACUACUACUACUACUACUACUACUACUACUACUACUACUACUACUACUACUACUACUACUACUACUACUACUACUACUACUACUACUACUACUACUACUACUACUACUACUACUACUACUACUACUACUACUACUACUACUACUACUACUACUACUACUACUACUACUACUACUACUACUACUACUACUACUACUACUACUACUACUACUACUACUACUACUACUACUACUACUACUACUACUACUACUACUACUACUACUACUACUACUACUACUACUACUACUACUACUACUACUACUACUACUACUACUACUACUACUACUACUACUACUACUACUACUACUACUACUACUACUACUACUACUACUACUACUACUACUACUACUACUACUACUACUACUACUACUACUACUACUACUACUACUACUACUACUACUACUACUACUACUACUACUACUACUACUACUACUACUACUACUACUACUACUACUACUACUACUACUACUACUACUACUACUACUACUACUACUACUACUACUACUACUACUACUACUACUACUACUAUAUGA